CUCAACCGCCACCGCGUUGGCGAAUUAUUCUUCAGCAAGACAUCGAACGGAUCAGUUCGUUGAAAAGAUAUUCAAGUGUGCAUUCCUUUAAUUUAAGCCAAAAGUGUUACGUAACUGUGCGUAAUUAUCAUUUAGACAAGUAAAAAAAGCAGAACCAUGUCCAAGUCUCCGGCGAUCGGUAUCGAUCUGGGCACGACCUACAGCUGCGUGGGCGUAUUCCAGCAUGGCAAGGUGGACAUUAUUGCCAACGACCAGGGCAACCGCACCACGCCGUCCUACGUGGCGUUCACGGACACGGAACGGUUGAUCGGGGACGCCGCCAAGAACCAGGUGGCCAUGAACCCGAACAACACUAUUUUCGACGCCAAGCGCCUGAUCGGCCGCAAGUUCGAUGACGCGACCGUCCAGUCGGACAUGAAGCACUGGCCGUUCGAGGUGAUCAGCGACGGUGGAAAGCCCAAGCUGAAGGUCGAGUACAAGGGCGAGCACAAGUCGUUCUUCCCGGAGGAGGUGUCUUCGAUGGUGCUGACCAAAAUGAAGGAAACGGCCGAGGCUUACCUGGGCAUCAAGAUCGCGAAUGCCGUUGUUACGGUUCCGGCUUACUUUAACGACUCGCAGCGUCAGGCCACAAAGGAUGCUGGAGCGAUCGCUGGGCUGAACGUGCUGCGUAUCAUCAACGAGCCUACGGCUGCGGCUAUCGCCUAUGGGCUGGACAAGCAGGGUCAUGGCGAGAGAAACGUGCUGAUCUUUGAUUUGGGCGGUGGAACUUUUGAUGUGUCGGUGCUGACCAUUGAGGAUGGUAUCUUUGAGGUCAAGUCUACGGCCGGUGAUACUCACUUGGGUGGGGAGGACUUUGACAACCGCAUGGUGAGCCACUUUGUGGAGGAGUUCAAGCGCAAGCACAAGAAGGACUUGGCGAGCAACAAGCGCGCGUUGAGACGGUUGAGGACGGCUUGCGAGCGGGCAAAGCGCACGCUGUCGGCUUCGACCCAGGCCAGCAUUGAGAUUGAUUCGCUGUUUGAGGGUAUUGACUUUUACACCUCGAUCACUCGGGCUCGCUUCGAGGAGCUGAACUCGGACCUGUUCCGCGAUACGAUGGAACCGGUUUCGAAGGCACUGCGCGAUGCCAAGAUGGACAAGGGAGCUAUUCACGAUAUUGUGCUGGUUGGAGGAUCGACUCGUAUUCCGAAGGUGCAGAAGUUGCUGCAGGACUUCUUCAACGGCAAGGAGCUGAACAAGUCGAUAAAUCCGGAUGAAGCUGUCGCUUACGGAGCUGCUGUUCAGGCUGCCAUCCUUCAGGGUGAUACUUCGGAGGCCGUCCAGGAUCUGCUGCUGUUGGAUGUGACUCCACUGUCGCUGGGCAUUGAAACCGCCGGAGGUGUCAUGACCGUACUGAUCAAGCGCAACACCACCAUUCCAACCAAGCAAACGCAAACCUUUACGACGUACUCGGACAACCAGCCCGGAGUGCUGAUCCAGGUGUACGAGGGUGAACGUGCAAUGACCAAGGACAACAACCUGCUGGGCAAGUUCGAACUGAGCGGAAUUCCUCCGGCGCCACGUGGAGUUCCCCAGAUUGAAGUCACCUUCGAUCUGGAUGCCAACGGUAUCAUGAACGUGUCGGCCAUCGAAAAGUCCACCAACAAGGAGAACCGCAUCACCAUCACCAACGACAAGGGUCGCCUCAGCAAGGAGGACAUCGAUCGGAUGGUCAACGAAGCGGAAAAAUUCCGCAACGAGGACGAGCAGCAGAAGGAGAAGAUCACCGCCAAGAACUCGCUCGAGUCGUACUGCUUCAACAUGAAGUCCACCAUGGAGGAUGCCAACCUCAAGGACAAGAUCCCGGACGCGGACAAGACGCUGAUCAUGGACAAGUGCAACGCCACGAUCGCCUGGCUGGACGGAAACCAGACCGCCGAGAAGGAAGAGUUUGAGCACAAGCAGAAGGAGCUGGAAGCCGUCUGCAACCCGAUCAUUCAGAAGCUGUACGCCAGCACUGGUGGAGCUCCCGGUGGAAUGCCCGGCGGUAUGCCAGGUGCCGGAGCUCCUCCACCACCGUCCGGAGGUGCCGGACCAACCAUCGAGGAGGUCGAUUAAGGACAGGACAAUUCUUUCUCAAUAAAAAAACUUGAAAAAACACACUCAAUUUAAUUAA